AACCCACCACUUCCACCACCUUCUACAGUACAGUAGUUAGCAGCUUCUUGACCUAGUUAGUGACCAGAACCAGUUUCCACUACUAGCGUUUCGGCCAAGCCGCCGUUUUUCCCGCUACUCUGUGUUAGCUAGAAGUCCAUAAACAGUCUGGAGCCCAGGAGAGCCCAGUCUCAGGCUAUAUAUCUGUUCGUCGCGUGACUUGCCACGUCAGGUGAUAAGAUUCGUUAUCAGCCACGUGUCACCAUGGCGGCUCUCCGCAGCGCGUCGCUCCGUUCGUCGCUUCCCCAUGGAGCAGCUAGUGUUAAUGACUUCACCGUGUCGCACCGCACUGCGUCGCCCUUCGCCCGACUGCACCUGACCGUACCGAACCGUGACGGAUCGCUCGAGACCGUCGCUCCGAGCACCCCUUGCCUUCCUGCUUCCGUACGAUCCGUGCGACAACCCAUGCGACGACCUGUGCGACACCGACAGCGACAGCAAGUUCGUGCGACGUAUUCGCGCGACAGCAGGUCCCACUCAGACGACCCGUCCAAGUCGCCGAAAAAUCCGCGUCCGUCCGACAAGCAACCCCCUUCUGUCAACUCCUACCCCCCCUCCUCCUCCCCCUCCUCCUCCUCCUCCUCACCACCCUCUCAACCGUCAAUGGACGACGAAUGGACCGGAUUACGCGGCGCCUACACCAACACUAGUAAUAUUAAUAAUAAUAGUUUUAGUAACAGUUAUAAUAAUAGUAGUAAUACUAAUAAUAGUCGUGUAGAUGUUGACCCCGCGUGGAUGUUCCCCGCCUACAUGCACAGCCGGAGCCAGGCCGCCCCUUCCUACCCCCUCCCCUGGGAUGACGUAUCGCAGCCCGCCACGUGGCCCGUUACCGCGAGCGGGGGUCCGAACGGCAGGGGGGGGGCGGAGGCGGGGAGCGCGGGGGGCGGGGGGCUGAGCGGAUUGGGGCCGCUUGGGGGGGAUAUGGGGAUGGCGGGAGGGAUGGCGGGAGGCAUGGGGGGAGCGAUGGGGGGAGGUAUGGGGGGAGUGGGGGGAGGCAUUGGUGGAGGCAUGGGGGCGAUGGCGGGGGCAAUGGGGAUGGACGCGGGGGUGGCGCGCGGGGGAGUGGGCGGCAGGGGCGCGGACUACUCGAUGAGCGACCCGAUCUGGGCGGCCAUACGCGCGGAAGCGCGGCUGGAGGCAGAGAGGGAGCCUAUUCUGAGCAGCUUCCUCUACGCGUCCAUCCUUGCUCACUCGUGCUUCGAGCGCUCCUUGGGUUUUGUGCUGGCGAACCGGCUGCAGAACGUGACGCUUCUGGCGACGCAGCUGAUGGACGUGUUUGACUCGGUGCUCAUGCUGCCUAAUAUCAGAGCGGCUAUUAGGGCGGAUGUGCAGGCCGUGCGUGAUCGGGAUCCGUCCUGCCGCUCCUACUCCAACGCUCUUCUCUACUACAAGGGCUACCACGCGCUCCAGUCGUAUCGCAUCGCACACGCCCUGUGGAAUCGGGGCCAGCGCAUCCUGGCUCUUGCGCUGCAGUCCCGCAUCUCCGAGGUGUUCGCAGUGGACAUCCACCCAGCGGCGCGCAUCGGCCGCGGCAUUCUCAUGGACCAUGGCACGGGCGUCGUGAUUGGCGAGACUGCGAUUGUCGGGGACAGGGUGUCUCUGCUGCAGGGAGUGACUCUAGGAGGCACGGGAAAAGAAGCAGGCGACCGGCACCCCAAGGUGCAGGAGGACGUGCUGAUCGGGGCGGGGGCAACGGUCCUGGGCAAUAUCUGCAUCGGGCAGGGCUCCAUGAUCGCUGCUGGGUCCCUAGUGCUCAAGGACGUGCCUCCCCACAGCAUGGUGGCCGGCACGCCAGCCAAGGUGGUUGGAACCCUGUCAGAGCCCAAGCCUGCACUGACAAUGCAACACGACGUCACAAGGCAGUACUGCGAAGAGCUCAUGGAUGAGAAUAUAGGUGGAGCCAACAUCUAGCCACCAUAUUUGGCCAGCUUUCGUAUACUGACUUGGGCAUUCUCUUCAACACUUGUCGUCAGCAAAGCGUAGCAGCACCCUUGUUGGUGGAUGUCACAAGGCAGUUCUGUAAAGGGCUCAUGGAUGAGACCAUAAGUGGAGCCAACAUUUAGCCCACAUCUUCUGUAGUCAGCUUUCGAAGCUGAAGCAAGCUUUGGCAUUCUCUUCAAGACUCCUCGUCAGCAACAUGUAUCAGCACCCAUGCUGGUGGAUGUCACAAGAAGGCUGAUGGAUGAGAACAUACUGUAUUAGCCCGGAUAGAAGACCCAUGGGUCUUAUCACAUACCGUUGAAAAGCAAUCCAAAUGGUCUUGGAUCCUGGGGCAAAAAAACUGAGUUACCACAAGAUGAGCGCCUAAUACACAAGACCCAGGGCCUUCUAUUACUAGGGGGUCUUAUAUCCGGGCUUAUACGGUAGGUGGAGCCAACAUCUAGACCAUUUUUAACCCACAGUUGUAUCCCAUUUCUGCAAGCAAACUUUGGCAUUC